UUCUGCAAGGUAUUUAUUUCAUAGUGUCAAGUUUGUGAAAUUCAAUGAUGAUUUUCAGUCCUGCCACUUCAAAUGACGAUCUUGCUCAGCAUUCUAUAGGCAGACUUGGCUAUUAGUCACAUAAACCACAUAUAUGUUUCUGAUCAUAAGACAUAAAUAACAAAUAAAUAGUGAAAAGAUGGGUGCUACACAUGUAUGGUGAAUGAAGCAUACUUUAAGAGCUCUAAAGUGGAAUGGUUAGAUCAUGAUGUACAGUAUACUGACCAUUUCCAUAAAUUCUGUCUGAUUUCCCAGAAGUCUCUUCUCAUUCUCUUCUUUCUAAAAGUAAAAUAAAUAAUCUAUCAGAGGCGAAAGUCAUUCAUUCAUAAAUCACUUUAAUUUCCAUAUAUACUAGAAAGCUAAGUGGUUGUUUCUUGGGUUUCUGGAAAAAGUGCCCCAGGUCUUGACAAAGAACACAUUAAACUGAUUGAAAGGUAAAGGGUGAUAUCGGCAAACAAAUGCCAUGGUCAAGGCUACGUCGGGCAGUGCAAUGAGUGGAGCUUACUCAGGUGUCCAAAAGCCCAUAUCAGACCGAGCCUAAUGCUUCUUAUGUAGUUCUUUAUUAGUUUAAGUUUAGAAAACAAUCUUUCCCCAGAAGCGACAGUUUCAGGGAUGGUAAAAACAGCUUGAUUUCCGUAGCAACAUCAGGGAAACUGGGCAGAAUGUGGUGCUUCACAUCUUUAAUUGAGCUUCUCAUUCUCCAUAAUUGCCGGUCUCAACACGUUACAGAAAGAGGAUAAAUAUAUAGGAAGCUCUGGGGACAGGUUGUCUGGAUACUGGACAGCCAAUAAAUUGGCAGAUGCAAACAGAUGAUCAUAUUUAGAAAACAAACGUUCUUGAGGGCUUGAACAAAAAAAGCAGUUAUUUUUCGUUCAUACUGGUGAGUUGUGUGGUUGUAGUAAGCUAGUGUUUUGAGGGUGGACUAAUUCUAUUAUUUGGUAUUAAUAGACUGGUUUUACACACAGCAACUUUCUAUCCAAGCUGGAAGAGAGCGGUAGGAUGGCUCAUGUCAUGCAGCUGUACACUCAGUGGCCAGUUUAUUAGGUACACCCAUCUAGUCCCAGGUCCCCCCUUUGCCUCCAGAAUAGCCUGAAUUAUUUGGGGCAUGGAUUCUACAAGGUGUGGCGUUCAAACGUUGCUCAAUUGGUAUCAAGGGACCUAAUGUGUGACAGGAAAACAUUCCACACACCAUUACACCACUGCCACCAGCCUGACACCAUGCAGGAUGGAGACAUUGAUACAUGCUGCUUAUGCCAAAUCCGGACCAGGCAAUGUUUUUCCACUCCUCAAUUGUCCAGUGUUGGUGAGAGCAUGCCCACUUCCACUUGAUUUAGUUGAUAGGAGUGGAAGCCGGUGUCGUGACAAGGACCAACGAGAGGACCAACGAGUUGCGCGUUCUGAGAUGCAGUUCUGCACACCACUGUUGUUCUGCACCAUUGUUUGCCUGUUUGAGGCACGCCUGUCAGCUUGCUCUCUCAUCAAUUAGCUAUUUACACCCACAGAACUGCCACUGACUGGAGGUUUUAUGUUUGUCGCAGCAUUCUGGGUAAACUCUGGACACUGUCGUGCGUGAAAAGCCCAGGAGAUGAGACGAUUCUGAGAUACUGGAAUUGGCCCGCCUGGCACCGACGAUCAUACCACUUUUGUAAAGACUGCAAGAGCCAGAAUCAGUGUUACAUUGUUGACAGCAUGAGCUGAUGCAGAAUGUCAAAGUUAUCUUCAGAAAGGAAAUGUUAGGAGGUUGGAGCAUUGGAGCACAACUGUAGUGAAACUUUAUCUGUCCUCCCCAGUGGAUGCUCCUCAGAGGAGGAAGGAGAAGACCAUCCUCCUCAGUGAAUGUCAUAAAAAUAAAAAUAGUGAAACAUUUAUAAAGUAAUCCUUUUUUAGAUAAAACUAUACAAAAUAUAUUCACGUCACCAAAUAAUUGAUUUAAAAACAUUGUUUUGCAAUGAAGGUCUACAGUAGCCUCAACAGCACUCUGUAGGGUAGCACCAUGAUUUAGACGGAGGACAGCUAGCUUCCGUCCUCCUCUGGGUACAUUAACUUCAAUACAAACAUAGGAGGCUCAUGGUUUUCACCCCCCUCCAUAGACUUACAUAGUAAUUAUGACAACUUUCGGAGGACAUCCUCCAACCUAUCAGAGCUCUUGCAGCAUGAACUGACAUGUUGUCCACCCAAUCAAAGGAUCAGAGAAUGAAUAACAGGAGGUUGGUGGCACCUUAAUUGGGGAGGACGGGCUUGUGGUAAUGACUGGUGUGGAAUAGGUGGAAUGGCAUCAAAUGCAUCACACAGUUUGCAGGUGUUUGAUGCCAUUCCAUUUGCUCAGUUCCGGCCAUUAUUAUAAGCCGUUCUCCCCUCAGCAGCCUCCUGUGGAAUGAAUAUAGUACUGAAAGCAUAAGCUAGCUAGCACUGCAGUGCAUAAAAUGUGGUGAGUAGUUGACUCAAAGAGAUAGAAAGACAACAGUUUAACAGUUUUGAACAAAUUAGUGCAUUCUUGAAGGAGGAGCAAGAGCGAGAGGGAGAGAGAGAGAGAGAGGGCUAGCUAUAUUUCGUCAUUUAGUUUCACUUUCACUUACUUACCAAAUCCAUAGAGCUAGUAUAGCCAACUCAAACACUCGGCUCAAACACCCGGCUCACACCUGCCUAUGACUAUCAAACACAGGAACUCUUCCAAGUCAAGGGCCGGAUUACCGAACAGGGACAAGACGGCCUACAAGGAGGAGGUGAGGGCCCUCGGAGUGUGGUGUCAGGAAAAUAACCUAACACUCAACGUCAAAAAAACUAAGGAGAUGAUUGUGGACUUCAGGAAACAGCAGAGGGAACACCCCCCUAUCCACAUCGAUGGAACAGUAGUGGAGAGGGUAGUAAGUUUUAAGUUCCUCGGCGUACACAUCACGGACCAACUGAAUUGGUCCACCCACACAGACAGCAUCGUGAAGAAGGCGCAGCAGCGCCUCUUCAACCUCAGGAGGCUGAAGAAAUUUGGCUUGUCACCAAAAGCACUCACAAACUUCUACAGAUGCACAAUCGAGAGCAUCCUGUCGGGCUGUAUCACCGCCUGGUACGGCAACUGCUCCACCCACAACCGUAAGGCUCUCCAGAGGGUAGUGAGGUCUGCACAACGUAUCACCGGCGGCAAACUACCUGCCCUCCAGGACACCUACACCACCCGAUGUCACAGGAAGGCUAUAAAGAUCAUCAAGGACAACAACCACCCGAGCCACUGCCCGUUCACCCCGCUAUCAUCCAGAAGGCGAGGUCAGUACAGGUGCAUCAAAGCUGGGACCGAGAGACUGAAAAACAGCUUCUAUCUCAAGGCCAUCAGACUGUUAAACAGCCACCACUAACAUUGAGUGGCUGCUGCCAACAUACUGACUCAACUCCAGCCACUUAAAUAAUGGGAAUUGAUGGGAAUUGAUGUAAAAUAUAUCACUAGCCACUUUAAACAAUGCUACUUAAUAUAAUGUUUACAUACCCUACAUUAUUCAUCUCAUAUGUAUACGUAUAUACUGUACUCUAUAUCAUCUACUGCAUCUUUAUGUAAUACAUGUAUCACUAGCCACUUUAACUAUGCCACUUUGUUUACAUACUCAUCUCAUAUGUAUAUACUGUACUCGAUACCAUCUACUGCAUCUUGCCUAUGCCGCUCUGUACCAUCACUCAUUCAUAUAUCUUUCUGUACAUAUUCUUUAUCCCUUUACACUUAUGUGUAUAAGGUAGUAGUUUUGGAAUUGUUAGCUAGAUUACUCGUUGGUUAUUACUGCAUUGUCGGAACUAGAAGCACAAGCAUUUCGCUACACUCGCAUUAACAUCUGCUAACCAUGUGUAUGUGACAAAUAAAAUGUGAUUUGAUUUGAUUUGAUUUGGAUGGGGACCACCUGGAGGUCGGGGUCCCCCCAGAUAGCAUAUGAUGGCAAAAUGUGUAGAAUAGCAGGAAAUUAUCUUAAAAACUGCAACAUUUUCUCUCAGUCUCAUGGCAAAAUGUGAACAAUAGCAUUAGAUGAGCUAUAAAACAGCACAUUUUUUAUCUCUGACCCAUAGCAAAUAGCAUAGAUUUGCAGGAAAUUAACUUUAAAACUACAACAUUUUAUCUUGACAAAAUAUCUACAAUAGCAUUAGCUAUAAAACUGAAAAAUAUGUCAACACAAAAAAUCAGGUCAGUGCCUCUGUGCCCCAAAUGUGGUAGUCCGGCCCUGUGUAUCCUUGGUAAUAUAUGAAAUUGUGCACAGGCCGUCCACUGUGUUUAGGAAACACAUUCUCAGCUACUGUAUGUCACUUACAAUGUUUGUAUUUUUCAUGUGCCUUGAGUGGAAAAGUCUCCCUGUUUGCUUGCAUUGCUGGCACAACUGCUAGCCUGAAUCUGAAGCUGGGGACACAGCAACACAUGUUCCAUUUGAUUUAUUGUAGAACCCGUUCCAGACCCGGGUCAGGUUUAUGGUAUUUGGGUUACGGAGGACUCUGAAGACAGAAUAUAAACAGAAUACUCCACAAGUACUACACAUAUUCCUGCAAUAAUUACUGUAUUGCGAAAGCCUGGAUACAAUAUCAGUAAUGCAGUAAGCUAACCUAUUGGUUGAAGUGACAUGGAAGCCACAAUAUUGAGAAUAUUCACAUGAAAUUCUUCAUUAGAAUGUAAUAUAUAUUCACAACAGGUCAGCAAACUGAUAUGCUCCCACACAUUGCACUCAUGUGCAAAGAUCUUCAUUGUAAUCUGGCAGCACAAACACCUUCAGUGUCAAUGACAACAUGGACCUAAAUGUGGUGGGUGUACUUUGUCAACCACUGUCAAGUUGUGUAAACAGAUUAUGUUCAAUGCAUUUCAAUAAAAAUUAAUUAACCUUACUGUCAUAUACAGUAGUCAGCAUACAUUAGUAAAGAGCAUAAAUGGUUCAAUUUCAUUCUACUACAAUACAUUAACAUUAGCUAAACUACAUUGCACAUGUCAUCUAACUCUUUUUGAAUGUGUUUGAUAUUGACUUUCUAACAGAAAUGGGAGCGUCAAACUGUGUAACCUGGAGUGUAUUCAUUCUAAAUGGGGCUCUUUAUUUAAAUAAAGAAAUAUGUAAAGUA